AAGUGACGCAAUGCAUCAUAUGUUAUUUUGUUUACAUCCUUGCUGCUCACAGAUGAUGUUAAUAGAUGUUCUUACUGUUCUGUGUCUCUUUGUAACUAUUUAAAUAAUUCCUAAUCGUGAUUUUCUAGUCUCAAUUUUAUAUUUCUGUUGAAUUUGUGAAAACUUUGACCAUGGAAACAUUGGCUGACCAAUUAGACUCGUCAUUGUCACAAAUGACAUAUUCAUUACUCGAUCUCAAUGAUGAUUGUCUUCAUCAUAUUUUCUCAUAUAUUGUCAACAUUCGAGAAAGAUUACGACUGAGGAGAGUGUGUAAACGAUUUGCCCAGAUAAUCACUAGUGGUUUGAAGACUGACUAUAUUUGUUUGAGUACCGUCAACUUACUCUAUCCAAGUGAAUUGAUUGAUCUUACGAAAAAAUUCUCAAUUAAAUUUGAAAAAAGCGACAUAUUUAAUGCUGUUCAUAAAGUCUAUGAGCUUCACAACGAGAUAUUCAAUUUUACUCAUGAUGAUACUCAAGGUUUUCUUGAUCUUCCAACUGGUUCGUUAUUCUUCGUGGUGAAAUUUAUCAUGAAAUCUAGAUACACUAGGAGAUCAAAUGACCAAACGUAUUAUAGGAAUUGGGCUAUGACGCUUAUAGAAUAUGACUUGGCAGAAUUCAAAUGGAUAUUGAUGCGCUGUCCUCAAUUAAAAAUAUUGCAUGUUCAUGGUCUUCAUCUGGACGGGUAUGAUCUGAAAUACAUACCAAAAACACUAGAACAUCUCCAUUUAAUCAAUACAACAAUUGCUUUGCACGACUUUGGAGAUUUUUUAUCAACCCAUGGUGAAAAAUUGCAAACUCUAGUGUAUUCAAGACACACUGUAAUACCAUUAGACUCUGACAGAAUCAUUAUCAGCCAAAUUGAGCAUCAUUGUCCGAACUUAGAAACACUUGGACUUCAGCUAUCAUAUCGUAGCUUAACUAAUUUUGGCUCUUUUAAAAAUCUUCGCAAUUUAACUAUAGAAGGCUGUGGACGACCAAAAUCUUUCUAUGAAACAGUUCUUCGUAGCUGUCCUAAUUUAUCUGAAUGUAAAUUUACCUUUAAAACUCCUCCGUCAAAGGAAUUGCUUUCUCAAUGGUAUACCGAGUUUCCAAAUCUGAAGAAAGUGCAAGUUGAACUUGAAGAAACCCACGUAUUAGCAAUUUGUCCACCACCGCCUAGUUCAUUUUGAGAUGGAAAAUUGUAGAUGAAAUCCUAGGACCGGCAAAAUUGAAUUUUCGAAUUAAUCAUUUAUCAGACUUCACCAUUCAUUGAUCACUUUUGAUUAUUCCGAUUACCGAAAUUAAUGAAUUUAAAGAUUCUUUAGCUUUUGUAAAAUUGGUGAUAGUUCCUAUCGACAGCAAGAUUCAGUGUAAUAUGCUUUGUACAUCAGUAAAUUACUGGGUAUUACGACUUGAACACAAAUAUCACCGCCAUUAUUAUCGAAUUAAAUAAAAUAAAAUCAAUUUGGCUUGCGAAAA